AUGUGUAUUAUUAAAUUCGCCAUUAACAGUACGGUGGAUGGUUGUUGUGGGGGACCCUUGAGUCGCGAUAAGUAUAUCCCUAUCCUCUUUCGUCUUCCACCCCCACUCCACAACACCCUGGCCAGCAAUUUCUUAGUAGUUGAAUUGAAUUCUGGGUUUUGGAGUUUUCUGAAAUUUUUGUUGCUCAGAAUUUUGGCGUUACUUAAAAAGGCUCUACAUUAA